UGCUCUGAUAUCCAAGUUCAUUGCUAAAACUGCAAUGCUUGUACGUUCGCUUGUAAGUACCCCAUCAACAACAGCAGAUGUUGUCUUCGAAUCCAGCUGCGAUUUUGCAGCUUCUUUGCAACUAGCUAACAUCGGCUAGCUAGCUAACUAGCUAACGACGUUAUCAAGUUUGAGCUAGGCUAAAAACCAAUCUAGCUACGCUAACGACCACUGGCGAACGUUACGUAAAUAUUGCUGGCUAAAGUUGUCCGGAUAGCAUACAGUAUUUACCAUGAGUAAUGAGUGAUUCAGUGGUGAACAGGUUGAAUGGAAUAACACAAGUUGGUUAGCGAUAGAAUGUGGUCGAGUCCGAGCAUGAAAAACAAGGCCUAAGACUAGAGUCCAAACGUCAUCAGGUUGAUAGCUAACUUGACCAAGCUUGCGAAAGAUCCCGUUAUGCAUUGUUAUGGAUUAAGUAGCCGGUUAGCGUGCGUAUAUUGUGGAAAUGUUUGGGUAUCUAACGCUAAACUAGCGUGACGAUAUUGUGUAAUCAUUGGCGGGAUAAUUUAAGUUAUCUGGGGUUUCCCCACUGGCACCUCGUUUUCAGCAUCAUUAUCUAGUUUUCCAGCCGUCGUGUUAUACCAUAUGUAUAUAUAGCCGGUAAGUGCCUUGGCUUUGGUAGACUAUUCAUUUAGCUAACUUGCUGGCUACAUUGGGUUAGCAAUGUUGGGUACACACAGCUAGCCACCAUCUAUUCAAGAGCAUCUUGCAGACGUUACUUGAUUUCGAGCUUGGGCUCUAGCCUUAAACUGACGGACGUGGCCUACGGGGAUGUCCAAGACAGCGAAGUCCCCCUCGCGUUCACGGUCUGGGACGGGGUCCAGGUCGCGGUCCCGGUCCUUCUCCCGGUCCCGGUCCAGGACCCGCUCGAGGUCCCGGUCCAGAAAACACCGCUACAGUUCUAGGUCUCGCUCUCGUUCGAGAUCCCAUUCCCCCGCCCAUAACCGGGACCGGAACUACCCGCGGGAGUACCAGAACAACCGCGAGUUCCGGGGCUACCACCGAGGCUUCCGGAGGCCCUACUACUACCGCGGCCGGGGGCGGGGCUACUUCCCGCGGGGCCGCUACCAGCGCGGGGGCGGGGGCGGCGGCUACAACAACAACUACCGCCCCAACAACUGGCAGAAUUACCGCCAGCACCCGCAGCAGCAGCAGCCCCCCCCGCACCACCCGCACAGCCCCAGGAGGGGGCGCUCCCGCUCGCGCACGCCCAAGAAGCGCUCGGGCAGCCCCCGCUCGCGCUCCCGAUCCCGCGACUCCGACCGCUCUUCCUCGGGCCGCUCCCGCCGCUCGCACCGCUCCUCCUCCUCUUCCUCGCGCUCCUCGUCGCCGCGGCGACGCUCCGGCUCGGGCUCGGCCAAGCGCGGGUCCAAGGGUGCGAAGGACCGGUCGGCGUCUAAGGAGGCCGCGCGGGCCGGGAGCCGGAGCGGCAGCGGGAGCGCGGCCGGGGGCGGGGCCGGGGGCGGGGAUGCGGAGCCGGAGGGCGGAGCCGGCGGGCCGGCCGGGGAGGAAGGGGGGAACGCCCCGGAAAGGGCGGCGGGGAACUGGCAGGGCCUGACGGACUACAACACCAGCCCCAAACGGGCCAGCCCGCAGCUGCGCUCGGCCGUCAUCGUCGGCCAGGGGCCCGCGGUCACCGGCCAGCCCAGCCCCACCCCCACCCCCAAGAGCUCCAGCUCUUCCAGCAACAGCGCCGCCACCUGGCACGGAGGUGGUACUGCGCCCCCCUCCCAGAGCCCUAAGCAGAAAAGCCCCACGGCCGCCUUCUCCGGCUUCGGGUUCUUUUCUAAAGAGGAUCACAGGGCCGGCGACAAGAGCGCCAUCUCCGCCGCCUUCAAAAAGUUCCUGGAGGAGCACAAGAGUAAGAAGCAGGCGGCGGAGUGGGAGAACGGCCGAGACAAGGAGGCCGGCGACGGGGCCGACGGGGAGCCGGAGAAAGGCCCCGCCUUCGACAGAGGCCCCGCCUACGGCGCCCAAAAGGCCUCCGACAAGGAGAAGUACAAGUACGCCGACGGGUUCGAGGCGGGCCUGUCGUCCGCCAGCGGGGGCGGGGCUGGGGCUGGGGCUGGGGCUGGCGGUAGCUUCAUGAAGGGGGCGCCCCCCUUCCUGUGUGGGGAGGAGGAAGAGGAGGAGGAGGAGGCGGCGGCGGCAGUGGAGAAGGUGCCCGCCCGGAGGCCCCAGAAGCCCCGCAAGGACCGGGAGGCGGAGGACGAGCCCAAGGACAAGGUCAAGACCAAGGUCACGCUGUCCACGCGCGAGCUCUUCGAGGAGCGCUUCGGCAAGUGGGACGACCUCGCCUACUUCCCCUCCGGCAAGGAGCGGGCCCGGAAGGACCCGGAAGGCGAGGACGAGGAGCCGGACGAGGCGGACGAGGAGCUGUACCGGAGCAGGAAGCAGGAGCGGGCGGCGGCGGCGGCCCUGGCCAAGAAGGAGGCCCUGUACCGGGGCUUCUCCCCCGAUAAGCUCCCCAAAGCCCGCAAAAAGGAGCCGCCGGCGCUCAGCCCCUCCCCCCCGCUCCCGCCCGCCCCCCGCCGGGCCUCCGACGCCCGGGACAGGGACCUGUUCAUGGUCCCGCGGGACGCGUCCCCUCUCAGGGCCUCGGGGAAGAGAGGGGCGGAGUUCGGCGUGAGAAUGGAGUCUUUCAGAGACGAGCUCGCCAGCUCGUCUGGGGUUCUGGCUAGCGAGCGCCGGCUCUCUCGGGACCUGGUGCACCCCUCUAAAAAGGAUCCCGAGUUUCGCUCCAUCUUCCAGCACAUUGAGAACACGCAGCUCUGCAGGAGCCCGUCCGAGCUGUUCGCCCAGCACAUCGUCAACAUCGUCCACCAGAUCAAAGCCCAGCACUUCCCGUCCUCAGGGCUGACUCUAAACGAGCGCUUUGCCCUGUACCAAAGACGCGCGGCCGAGAAGGAACAGGCCAAGCCCAGGAAGAGCCCCGAAAUACACAGGAGAAUCGAUGUCUCUCCCAGUGCUUUUAAGAAGCACUCUCACUCUCACCUGUUUGAUGACAUGAAAGGGCCCGGAGAUGGCAGCUACAAGGAGGACAGGAAGAGGGCGAAGGGAGACUCAGUGGACCUGCGGCUGGACAUUGAGCGUCGUAAAAAAUACUCGGGCAAGGAGCCGGACCUCAAACGGGAGCGGUCUCGGGAUUCGGCCGACUCCCGCGGCUCCAGCCGGGAGCGGUCCAGCGAGAAGUACUCCAAACACCACAAGAAGUCCAAGAAAAGCAAGAAGAAACGUGAGCGUUCUCGCUCUUCCUCGGCCUCCUCCUCUUCCUCCCCGUCCCACAGGGCGGGGCCCGGGGACUACAUCCAUGAGGACAUGGAGCCCAAAGAGGAAGGGGGCUUCAACAAGGCCCGCCUGGGGCCCAGAGAGUUUGGAGGCCCCAUGGAGAGAGGACGUGCCCGUGGCGGCUUUCAGUUCAGAAUAAGAGGCAGGGGGUGGAACAGGGGCAAUUACCCUGGAAACAAUAGCAACGGAAACCCCCCCAACAUUGGGGGCAUGCCCAUACACCCCAAGAAUGAGGACUGGGACCCAGAGUACACCCCCAAAAGUAGGAAGUAUUACUUGCAUGACGACAGAGAAGGGGAGGGCGACAAGAAGUGGCUGGACAACCGGGGUCGGGGGCGGGGCAACUUCGUGCGAGGGCGGGGUCGGUUCAUCUUCCGCAAGGCGGCCCCCACCAGCAACAGCCCCAAGUGGACCCACGACAAGUUCCAGGGCAGCGGGGAGGAGGGCGAGCUGCGCGACGAGGACAGCGAGCAGGACCACAAGGAAGAGGACAAGGCAGAGCAGUGAGCACCCCCACCCCGACUGACAGCGCCCCCUAGCCGCCUGGAGGCCACAUCGCAGCACCUACCCUCAACAUCUCCACUUCUCGCUUUUUUUUUUAUUUUUAAUUUUCAUUAAUUUUUUGUUUUAAAAAUUCACCUGUGACCUUAACAUGGCCAGACUACUGCACGCGAAACGCCCACACAGUCAUGCCAACCGUAUACGCCAGCGUGCUUUCAGCUUUAUGGAGGAUGGGGGAAAAUUCGACAAAAAUCUGCAAAACAUAUAUCAAAAAAUUACCAGUGGAGACAGAAACUGAAACCAUUUUUAAAGCUUGUUGGCAAUUUUUCGGACUGGUUUGUUUUUUUCUCCUGGAUUUUUAUUUCUCUCAAUGCAAAUGGAGCAAUUGUAGUUAAACUUUUUAUGGAACAGUUGUAGUUUCGGGAGUAAUUCCUGUUCAGCGGUGUAACUGUGUACAUCCAUGUUUUUUUUCUCUUUUUCCUUCUUAUUUCUUUCCCCCUACUUGCUGUGGGAGCUCCGUUUGGCAGUCAGUGGCAGCAUGGGAAAUGUAGUUUGUAGAGAUGACUGCGGAGCUGCGCUGUAGUUCUCUUUUCGUAGUGCGAUUUUACAGGUUUGAGAUGCUGUACAAUACCUGUAGAUCACACAGCGAGGCCAACUUUCUCUGAGGAGACUCAACUGCAGCAAGGAGUUUCUCCAGGCCCUAUUUCUUUAUACUUUUUAAUUGUUUUGAAGAAUGUUUUACUUUAAUCUUUGAUUAGAUGGGGCCUGAGAAGGGAUCGGGUGUAUUUGUGCCUUAGAUGUGUACAGAUAAAUAUAUAUGAAUAUUUACACGCAUAGAUGCCGGCAAGUUUUUAUUUUUUUUGUUUUUGAUAGUUUCUCAUGGUAGGCAAACCACACAAUACAGCUUUUUUUGGAGGGCGGGGAGGGUCGUUAUUUCAGUAUCCUACCCCGACCCUUCUCAAAUGACGGGACCAAGCUGCUCUCGAAGCGAAGCUCUCCUCCAACAGACGGACGGACGGACGGACGGACAGACACGGUAUCCCGCUCGGGAAGAGAGCAGCACCUGACGAAGUCACCGUGCUCAUGGAACUCGAAAUCGGAAUGCCCGUGAGCACCUGGAUUGCACCUGGUUCGAAAUGCAACCCCAGCCCUCUCACCCACGCCUCCUCCUUCCUGUUUGGUCGUUGAGGUCGGGUUCCUUCUCUUCAUACUGGAUUAAAGUAGCUGGCUUCUGCCCUGGGCGUGUCUUCAGUACCAGAGGUUUUUGUGGACACUGUACUAGAUUUCUCUUCUGUAUUUUUAGUUAAAGCAUUGAGGUUGUUGAUUUUAUUUUUUUUUUAGGAUGAAAUGUCACAGCAUUUAUGUUUGUGCCUCAGAUUCUUUUUUUUUUUUUCUUUUUUUUGAGAAUUCACUCGUAUAACUUUCUAAAUAGACACAAUUACUGAAAAAAAAAACUGCAAUGUUUGUAGAAACUAAAUUAUUGCGGCCUUUGUACGUCUGGAAAAUUUAAAAUGGUUAUGAAAUGUAUUUCGUUGGUGUACUCUGUCAGUGUUUGAAUGCUAUAGCUGUAUUUCUUUACUUUCUAUGAGCGUGGACUUUUUUUCCCUUUUUAAUUUACAUUUAAAUGUUUAAAUUAAAUACACGGGAACAUGGUCUAGUGUAGUGCAUUGCGAAGAUGGAGACACUGUUUGAUGCUAGGCUAUGGUAGACCAAUGUGUUUCAACAGCGCGAUCAAAAGCAAAGCUACGUGUUAUUAUUAUGGUGUACCUUUUUAGUCAUCUUAAAAUGAGUUUCACUGGAUGAGGUCAUUUUGGGGAAACUCGUUGGUUAUUUACACUGCUCCUCAGCUACUGUGAGUUAUUGUAUCUCCAGCGCCCCCUGUGGGCAAUAUAGGUAGCGCUCCAUACUUGAGAUGUAAAAUUAUAUCAGUGUAAGAUUUUUUUUUUCUGUAAAUAACAUUCAAGGAAAUGGGGAAACAGAUAAUUUGGCCAGAAUUAGCUUAAGAUGGCCAGUUAUGUAAAAUAAUUUGUUGACGGUAGGCUAUAGCUGUUCUGAAGUAACAUUAGCUAGAGAACAAGCAAUUGCGCUAAUCAUAAAUUAAACCUUUUUGAAAGAAGGCCAAUCUAGUGACACUCUUCAUGCCAUUAGUUCACACUGAAUUGAAUUCCCACAUCACUGUGAAUCAGCAGUUUUUAAUAUUUUCCCCCAAAGGUAAAUUGAAGCGAAAUCUGUUUAUUUAAAAAAAAAAAAAAUUUUUUUUUAAAGUAAACCCUAAACAAACUCAUGUAUUCAACAGAAAACAACUGCAUAAUUCUCCAUAUGCAUAUAAACACACAGUUCAUCUAGAUGAUGACAUAUUGUGUCCAGCACCACAGCGUUGCAUACAUUUGAAGGCAUCUGUGUAAGUUGAUGCUUGAUACAUUGGCCACUAAUGAACUCAAAAGAUUAUUUUAUUUUAUUUUUUGCAAUAAUGCAAAGUGCUCAUGUGUUUUGGAUAUAUAGCAGUUUUAAUUUAAAUGUAAAAUCUUGUAGAUGUAUAUCUAGGGGAAAAAAAAUAAUUGGUGUGACGGAUUAUCACUGUUAAGUGGCAGGAUUUGUUUACGUUAUCCUCCUUGGCAGAAGUGUUUGCACCAGAAUCAUGUUCCCGUGUAUCCACAGUGCAUUUCUGCAAGGUGCAACCCAGUCUUCCUCCAGCAGUUUUUAAAACUAAAAAAAAAAAAUGGCGAGAAAUGUCUUUUUUUAUAACAGACAGAAAUAUUAAACUUAAUAGGAAGAAUGAAGAAUAUGGUGAUAAAAAAAGACAGUUGCACUACGGUCUGUCACGUUCUGGAUUGCACUGCACUAUACUGUACAGGUUGGACUUUAGUACUGUGAUUGAUGUUUUUGUUUGACAGGCAGUCAUUUUUUAAAAAUCGUUUCUGUAGCUGUUUUCUCUUCCCCCCCCCCCCCCCCCCCUUCGAUUGUCAAUAAAAAAACAAAAUCAGCUUCAUUUUA